AUGCUGGAACAUGUUUUCAUUGGAAACUCGGCCACUGGCACUGGCUCCAACGGUCGCGGGGACCUGGAGGGUCCGGCAGAGGGGGAACGGGGCCGGGGGUGGGUUGGUUCAUUGCUGGGUCGGAUGGAGCUGUUCCAGUCGCGGACCGAGUACACGGUACGGGGGGCCGACAGCUGCCUGUCCUGCAGCCGGUCCAGCGGCAGCAUGGAGAUCAAAGCAGCUUCUGAAGUGGAUCUGUCCAGUGCUGUCUGCCUUGGCCUUGUUGAAGGAGUUAUUGGGAAGUUUCAAUUUCACCCAGACUUGGAAUGCUUCCUGGUCCUCGUUCAGCAGAAGGGUUUGGUCGGCACAGUUCCCGGGAAGCACGACAUGUAUAAAAUCACCAAGGUGGCUGUGAUACCGCUGACUGAUGCUGAUCCUCCAGAUCUGAAGCUGGAGUAUUGCAAGACACAUCAGCAGCUUUCAUCUGAGUCUGCCGAAACUCUCUUCCCGAGAAAGGUCACAGGGGAUUCGAGUUCCAGACGGCAGUUCAGCGACGAGAAGUUGGAACGACGCCUCCUGGAGGAACUUGUCAAGAUGUUCACCGACUCCGACUCGUUCUACUACAGCCUGACCUAUGACAUCACAAACACAGCCCAGCGGCAGCAGUGCGGGACAGAAGGCCAACUGAGGACGCCGCCAGGGGUUGACGAUCGAUUUUUCUGGAACAAGUAUAUGAUUCAAGACUUGCUUAAACGAAAGGGUGCCAUGACAGAUCAGUGGAUCAUUCCUAUCAUCCAGGGCUUCGUGCAGGUGGAGGAGAUCCAUGUCCGCUACGGCGAGCGGCUCACGGGGGAGUCCGCCUCCUCCGACCGCCUGGCGGACGAGCAGCCGCUGAGUUCACCCGAGUCAAAGUUCCUGCUCGUCCUCAUCUCCCGGAGAAGCAGGCACCGAGGAGGGAUGCGGUACAAACGCAGGGGCGUCGACAGCGACGGGCAUGUGGCCAAUUACGUGGAGACCGAGCAGCUGAUCUACAAUGGAGACGACAUCUUAUCCUUUGUCCAGAUACGAGGAUCUGUCCCUGUGUUCUGGAGUCAGGAAGGCUAUCGGUAUAAGCCCAGUCCCAAGCUGCACAAGAGUGAAGAAGAGAACAAACACGCUUUUCAGACCCACUUCAGGGAGCAAUUCAAGAUUUACAAUAAACAGGUUAUCAUCAACCUCGUGAACCAGACGGGGACAGAGAAGCUGAUUGCCGAUGCUUACCUGAGGCACUUCAAGAUGCUCAACGAUCCGCGCCUCAUUUAUGUGGCCUUCGAUUUCCACCAGCAAUGUCAGGGCAGAAAGUUUGAAAAUGUUGAGAUCCUGACCAAUGGAAUUAGUGACAUCAUCAAUGAUCUGAAGUGGUUCAGGUUGUCCAAGGGCAGGGUGCUGAAGGUACAGGAGGGAGUACCCCGUGUUAACUGCAUGGACAGCCUCGACCGUACCAACCUCGUGCAGAGUAUCAUUGCCCGCAAGAUCCUGGAGCAACAGCUGAAGGUGCUGAAGAUACUUCCGCAACAACGCAGUCUCCCCUCCAGCAUUCAAAGAAUAUUCCAGAUCAUGUGGGCAAACAACGGCGAUGCCAUCAGCAGGCAGUACGCGGGCACAGCUGCCAUGAAGAGUGACUUCACUCGGACUGGAGAGAGAAAGCUUUCCGGAGUGAUGAAAGACGGCUAUCGUUCCGCCAACAGAUAUUACCUCUGUCACUUCAGACACGCAUACAGGCAGACCGUGAUCGAUAUGAUGCAUGGGUGUCAAUUGACCAAAGGCUUUCACAACCUCCUUGGAAAAGAAAAGCCCGCAAAAGCUCUGCUCAUCAAGGAGCACCGGAGAAGCCAGAAGCAGGAAAUUGAAGAUUUGAUCCUUCACUGUAGUUCACUGCUGAUACCAGCUGCCGAGAAGUGUUUGGGAGGCCGGCUCUUCAUCGAUUGUGAUCCAAGGUUGAGGGAUUCGGCCGAACAGAAUUUGGACCUCAUGCUUCUAGUUUCCAGUGAAGCUUGUUAUUUUGCACACAUCAACAAAGAGUCUGAAGUCUCACAUUCAAGACGGAUUGCUCUUUCGGAGGUGAACAGAAUAGAAAUCGGUCUUCAACCUGUCUCGAAGGAAAAGUCUAAGAAAAUUUCUAUGAAGCUACAUUACAGAGGCUCGGGGAGGAGGGCCAAUCAGUACACGCUAAGUCCAGCUCUUCAGCACUCACCAGACAGCAGCAGAGGUAGAAGCCUUUACCCAACCUGGUCGAAGUCUCAGCAGCAAGUUUCUUCAGCCCGAAUCAGGACUAAUCGUUUCAUGGAAGGCAUGUGGAACCUGCUACGAUCUAUCCUGCAGUUGCUCGUGACCACCAUCAAGUCGUGCCAACUGCGAAACAGGAAGGUCGACACGUCCGCCGACGACCGGGUGGAAGAAUCGUCCGGUGCUUCGGAAACUCGGAUUAUCGAGACUCCAGGGCUGCGCAGAGACAUUCCGUGUAUCAUUGAACCGCCGGAACUCGACGCUCUCCACCCGCCUGACCAGGAGGUCAGCCAUGGCCGGGUCAUCUCCAUACACCUACCCAAAGACGGCAUGGCAGCCUUGCAAGUUUUUCAUGACACAGACACUUCGGACACUGAAGGGCCAUCACGUUCGUCGUGGCUGAACGAGGGAAGUUGCGACUUAAUUUCAUUACAAAGUACGCCCUCUGCUUCUACCUUAGGGACCACCUCCUCGUUUUCCUCCGAUUACGAUUCCAAUGAGGACGAAUUAGGUCAAACUCGCAACUCGCCUGACAUUUGUCAACUGCGGGAACAAACCUGGCUCCGGGACCCUUCCGCCCACCGGAUUAGGUUCCAGGCCCCCGGCACCCUGCGGUACUCAGGGUGCCAGCCUUCGCGGGAGCCGGUUCUCCCUGGGCAUAUCCGCUCCCACUCGCCCACCCAGAGCAGCGGCGGUAACGCUGUCACCCCAAACGCCCGCCACAUGCGUCAAUUUUAUGGCCCAGGACGCGGGCGGGGAGAGGGGCUCCUGUCUUUCGGAGUUAAUCAGGACUUCAGCGGACCGGGAUCACAGCUCAUGCAGUUCUAG